UGAGUGUGUGUGGUGUGUGUGAGCAAGCAAGGAAAAAAUCGCACCAUUUUUCUCGUGCUCUCUUGCGUGCGUUUGGGUCUUUUGCAAAGAGUUUAAUUGAAAAAUGGAACGAAAAUAGACUAUGAUAAAUAUGUAAAAAGUAGUGCAAUAAGUAGCAAACGAAACGCCCGAAAAAUCAACUAAUAUACACACCGCUCUGCUAUUAGUUAGUUGCAAAAUUGAAGUCGGUCCUAGUGUGAGUGUGUGUAACUGUGUCUGUGCGUGCGUGCGUGUGAGUGUAUGAGUGAAAAAAUGAGGCGUAGUGAAAAUGCGUGCAAAACUGUCUAAAAGCUUGAUCUGAUUACGACCGCCUGUCUGCCCUUAUCGGGAAGCACCCGAAGAAAUGUGUUGUAAAUGUUUAAAACGCGCGCUGACCGGUUAAAUUAAAUCGUUAUUAACAGAAUUUAACUACACCACAAAAAGCGUUUUGUUUGUUGUUGAUUUUACGUUUUGUUGUUCUUCGCCGGGUCCGGAAUGUGAGAAAGAACAAAUAGCAAGAAAUUGAACAGAAAACAUUACACAGAAUUGGGCCACGUUUGUUGGAUGAAAAUGUUUAACUAGAGAUAUUUAACGUAGAACAAAACUUCCCUUCGAAAACGUGCGAGGGGAGUGUAAAAACAAAAUAGCCCGCCUUUUGACACAUACCUAAACACAACACAUACACACCUACACCCAUCCCCAUACAAAAUUCAACACAAAUUUCAUGAAAUUUCUACAAAAAAAAUAGAAAUAAACCAUAAAAUUCAAAGAAAUGCUGCUCAAAUUUCAUAUUUAAUGUCAAACGACGACCUCACAGCAACAACAACAACAGCUGCUGCUAAAACGGCAAAAGGAACAGGAGUAACUGUAAGCUAGCACAGCCUAUACCGUGGGAGAGGGAGCGGGAGCGACGACGACCGACGCACACCUGUACUCUUGAGCGGGAGAGCGGCCGGAGAGAGAGAGAGAUCCACCGUAAACGUACGUGUGUGUUGGCCGCAUGCGCGACAUGCGUGAACGUUAAUGCCCCCGUACCCUGUGUCUGUAUCUGAUCCAACAGAUCCUCCAGCAAGUCGCAUCUCGGAUCACUCUUACCGAUAAAAAAUAACAGCAGGAGCAGGAGCAGCAGGGGGAAGGAAGCAGCAGCCCAGCACCACCAAUCCAACAAUAGUUCCAGUUUCAUUUUGCCGAUAAAAAAUUCGCUAUCAAAAUUCCGUAGAAAGUGAUUAAUAUUUUUGAAUCGAAUUUCAAAGAGCCUGUCAGAGCAGUCAUUGAAAACAACAACAAAAUAAACAAAACCCAAUACCAAGAUGCAGCGACGCGAACGGCAAGCCAGUGGCGGCGGCCCACAGACGACAACUGCCGGUCCAUCUGCUGGUAAUGUGGCCAAUGCCACGACAGCCCUAGCCGGUGGUAAGAGCUCAAGCAAUAAUAUGUAUUCCACCCGCCAAUCUGUAAGCACCACAACCGGUGUACUUAUGGUCGGACCAAAUUUUCGUGUCGGUAAAAAAAUUGGCUGUGGUAAUUUUGGCGAAUUGCGUUUAGGUCGUCGAAUGUGUUGCUUUGGUGGGCGUGGCACUGCCGAGAACAGUGGGGCAGGAAAAAAUCUUUACAACAAUGAACAUGUAGCAAUAAAAAUGGAGCCUAUGAAGUCAAAGGCUCCGCAACUACACUUAGAGUAUAGGUUUUAUAAACUAUUAGGAUCACAUGCCGAAACCGCCCCAGAUGGCAUACCACGCAUUUAUCACUUGGGCACUUGCGGUGGCCGUUACAAUGCCAUGGUUUUAGAGUUAUUGGGAUUGUCAUUAGAAGAUCUCUUCAAUAUUUGCGCCCGUAAAUUUUCACUUAAGACUGUAUUGAUGAUAGCAAAACAACUUCUCCACCGGAUCGAAUAUGUUCAUAGUCGGCACUUAAUAUAUAGGGAUGUGAAACCAGAGAACUUUCUCAUUGGCAGAACGUCAACAAAACGUGAAAAAAUUAUACACAUAAUUGAUUUCGGUUUGGCCAAAGAAUACAUUGAUUUAGAUACAAAUAGGCAUAUACCAUAUCGGGAGCAUAAGUCCCUAACCGGCACCGCACGCUAUAUGUCAAUCAAUACGCAUAUGGGGCGCGAGCAGUCGCGACGUGACGAUCUGGAGGCAUUGGGUCAUAUGUUUAUGUAUUUCUUAAGAGGUUCACUGCCGUGGCAAGGCCUUAAGGCUGAUACACUCAAGGAGAGAUAUCAAAAAAUCGGUGAUACGAAACGUGCAACGCCCAUUGAGGUGCUCUGCGACGGACAUCCGGAAGAGUUUGCAACAUAUUUGCGUUACGUACGGCGGUUAGAUUUCUUCGAAACGCCCGAUUAUGAUUUUCUGCGAAGACUGUUUCAAGACUUAUUCGAACGUAAAGGCUACACCGACGAGGGCGAGUUCGACUGGACAGGGAAGACAAUGACCAAGGAGCAGCUGGAUCAAAUGAAGGUCAUUAAGAAUGCGCCGCCGUCGCAUUUGGCCAAGAACAAGUCAGAUAAGUCAACGCCCGUCGGAUCUCUGCAAACUGGCCAUGAAGUCAUCAUUUCACCAAAUAAAGAUCGGCAUAAUGUUACGGCUAAGGAUGUUUCAUAUUUUGAUUUUGAUGACGAUAAUGAGAAUGAGAAUGAAGAAUAUAUCAUACUUCAGACAAAUGCCAAAGGAGGUGUUGCUGCGUGGCCUGAUGUGCCAAAGCCGGGGGCAACACUGGGCAAUCUAACGCCGGCCGAUCGGCAUGGCUCAGUGCAGGUUGUGAGUUCGACGAAUGGCGAACUAAAUCCGGACGAUCCCACGGCCGGACACUCAAACACGCCCAUCACACAGCAGCCUGAAGUCGAAGUUGUCGAUGAAACAAAUGGUUCCUUAUAUUCCAGAUGUUGUUGUUUCUUUAAACGAAAGAAGAAGAAAUCGACGCGCCAAAAAUGACUAGACGGUGUACAAUGUAGUCCGGAACGCGAGGCAGUCACCCUGCUGCGCGCCACUUCACAUUCAAACUCACGGGAUAGCGUAUUGAAUAAUCCGAGUCAGGAUUACAUCCAGCAGGCAACGUCGCAGCACACGUUGCGUUAUCCUCCAUCCGCGUCGAUGCUGACGCCCACACCAACUACAAACACACCGACACUUCCGUUGUAAUUUAUAUAAAUAUAAAAAAAAAACAAACACCCUACAAACAAAACAUAAAACA